AUGUCCCAGUCGGAGCACGUCUUUAGACGACCCCGAUCUGUAUCGUCCUUCCACCUGGCAUCAUAUGACGAUGCGGGCGUAACAGGAAGCAAGGAUGAGCUAGAUGGUCUAUUUCAGAAAUCAGAGGUCGCUGGAACCAUGCGUAAGCACUUGACAAAUCACGAUGACCCACAACUUACGCUCAACGGCAUGCCGCAACCAGCCAAUGAACCAGCAAAGGGUGCAAUAGCAACCUUACCACCCGAGAUAUGGGACCAGAUAAUCGCAUACGCGGACCUGGCUACCCUGGCUGCCUUUGCAAGUGUCAAUACGGCAGCAUAUAGUCUAGCGAUGCGCUACCUUUACAGCAGCAUCACCCUUCCCAAGACACAAGACGCGUCAAAACUUCUCAUCACACUCUCCUCGCCUGUCGCGUACGAUUACACCAACCUCGUACGGUCGCUCGACAUCCCCGUAAACGAAUCGAACUGCCAAAACGUUAAUAAUGCGCUCAAAUAUUUAAAAAGACUCGUCAUACUCAAGCUGAAGAUAAGUGGGCAGAUUGGAUGGCCGUUCACCGGGACAUCGCUAGAUUUAGUUCAAUUCCACUGGGAAGCGAUGCAAGAAAAGGGAGCAUUGACGCUCAGGAUUGAGCACGAAGGGGGUCCUACCGGACUCAGUGAUUGGUUGGAGACACAACCGAAUAUCACAAAGCUCAAGCUCGUCACUCACGAGAGAAUCAGAGUCUCCUCCAAGGCUCUCAGAAAACUGGUGCGGGCGUCAGGUCCCAUGUUCAUUGUAUCAAACCUUGUCCCCGGUAGACCGGUGGACGUUGUACAGACUACCCCCCGCUCGCGGGACGCCACAGCCGGCAUGAGCGCGCUUGGAGAGUCAACAGGCCCAUUGCGCCAUCUCAAGAUUGUGUCUAGACCAGAACUGGAUCAUGGGGCCCUCCUCGUGGUUAUCGCCAGGUUCAAUCCAUGUCUCGAGAGCAUUGCAUUUGAGCUCUGUGUCAAAGUGCCGGAUAUGAAGGUAUUCCUGAGCAAGGCAUUGCGUAAUCUUCCCAACUUUCCUCGACUACAGUCUUUCACCUUUUGCUCGAGAGUGCAGAGCGACUUUAAAGCGCAGGACGAGCCAUACUACAAACUACUUGCGGAGCGGGUGCAACGAAGGUGUCCGAGCAUACGACGGGUUUGCUUCCCUGGGGUAAUGGCGACAAUGAUUGAGCCAUCGCGCGCGAUCCGAACGAGGCGGAGAGCUUACAUCCGACUUGUCGGAGGUCACCCUGAGGAAUGGGAUAUAUAUAGGGCCGCAGUGGAUUCUGACACCCUUCAUCACUUGGACCCCAUCUACCCAUUCGCAAUGUCUGAAUCAGAAACACCGACACGAAAACCAUCAAAGGAGUUUCCAACUGCAAACACCAAAGUUGAGGAGGCAAAAUCGCAGAUGGAGCAACGAAACCACAGCGCUUCUCCCAUAGUUGUAUUUUGGGAUCCGGCCAUUGCGCACCUACGCGCGCUGUACUUUAAGAUAACGAUCAUGUCCAUUGUUAUGCUCAUUCUUGUCGUAUGGGCCUGCCUGCCAGUCUACUGGGGUUCCCUAUGGAAGGCUCCCGUGUUGACCGGGAACCUGCGCGCAUGGGUCAUUGAUCGCGAUAAUUCGACGCUUGGUCAUACGCUCUCGGGAGCAAUUAUGAACACUACCGCGCCUGGACAACCCAAACAGCAUCUGGGAUGGCAGGCUUUAGACGCCAGUAUGUUUGCCACUAACGAGGACGUGGCGAACGGUAUUCUCGAUGAGCGUGCCUGGGUUGCUGUCGUUAUCAACCAGGGAGCGACCGACAAGUUGGCUGCCGCCCGUGCGACAGGCGAUUCUUCGUAUGACCCAACAUCUGCGGUUUCAGUGUAUUAUUCGCAAGCACGCAAUGAAGUCGCAUCGGGAAUCUACCUUCCAAUCACCCAACAACUUCUCACCCGCAUCCUCUUCCAGUACAAUGCCCAAAGCACAGCGCAAUAUCUUGGGAGCAUUACAUCAAAUCAGACUGCGCUUGGUCUGGUUGCACGUGCACCUCAGACUCUCAGUACCCCCACAUACUACACGCUCUUUAACCUCCGACCGUAUACAGCACAGGUCGCGACGGCGGUCACUUUGGUUGGAUUCAUUUACACCAUAAUUCUAGCCUUCUUCUGCACGAUGAGCGGUGCGGGAGCACGCGAAGUCAUAGCCCCAUAUCUCACAACAACGUCGCUCAUCAAGCUCCGGCUGAUCAUGCCCAUAAUCCUCUAUCUUCCAAUCUCGCUCAUAUACGCCAUGAUCUCGCUUCCUUUCAAGCUACCAUUCGGCGCGAAAUAUUCAUACGCAGGGGGAUUCUUCCUGUUUUGGGUGUUGAUCUACGUCGGGAUGCUGGCGUUGGGACUUGCCACCGAGUUUGCGCUCACGAUUCUUACUCAACGAUUCGUCGCAUUCUUCCUCAUCCCAUUCAUUGUCGUCAAUGUCUCUGUCUCCGUUUUGCCAAAUGAACUCCAGCCAUGGUAUGGACUUGGUUUCCCGGUUUACAAUCUCGGCCAGGCAGUUCGCACCAUUAUCUUUGACACGAAGAACCACCUAGGCCGCAACUUUGGCGUACUCAUAGCCUGGACGGUACUAUCACUGAUUACGGUCCCGCUCCUUGUUUGGGUCAUGCGCAAGAAGGAGAUUCAAGCGGAGAAGAGUGCACAGUUGCCAAACGAGCAUGACGAGGAGAUUAGAGAGAGACAACAGAGAAUCGAUUUUGGUGCUGGUACCACUGCACAGUUGACGCCCGAGUUGGAGAGACAGGUAGAGGCGGCCGAAAAGGCAGAUGGAAGGGUUUAG